GCCGUGUGCCGCGCACUCGAGCGUGCUUGGCGCCUGCGCUGGACGACUCGGCUGGUAGCGGAGAUGUCCGGCCGGUCUAAGCGGGAGUCUCGCGGUUCCACCCGCGGGAAGCGAGAGUCUGAGUCGCGGGGCAGCUCCGGUCGCGUCAAGCGGGAGCGAGAGCGGGAGCCUGAGGCGGCGAGCUCCCGGGGCAGCCCUGUGCGCGUGAAGCGGGAGGUGGAGCCAGCGAGCGUGCGCGAGGCCCCGGCUUCUGUUGUCCCGUUUGUGCGGGUGAAGCGGGAGCGCGAGGUCGAUGAGGACUCGGAGCCUGAGCGGGAGGUGCGAGCAAAGAAUGGCCGAGUGGAUUCUGAGGACCGGAGGAGCCGCCACUGCCCAUACCUGGAUACCAUUAACAGGAGUGUGCUGGACUUUGACUUUGAGAAACUAUGUUCUAUCUCCCUCUCACACAUCAAUGCUUAUGCCUGUCUGGUGUGUGGCAAGUACUUUCAAGGCCGGGGUUUGAAGUCUCACGCCUACAUUCACAGUGUCCAGUUUAGCCACCAUGUUUUCCUCAACCUCCACACCCUCAAGUUUUACUGCCUUCCAGACAACUAUGAGAUCAUCGAUUCCUCACUGGAGGAUAUCACGUAUGUGUUGAAGCCCACUUUCACAAAGCAGCAAAUUGCAAACUUGGACAAGCAAGCCAAAUUGUCCCGGGCAUAUGAUGGUACCACUUACCUGCCGGGUAUCGUGGGACUGAAUAACAUAAAGGCCAAUGAUUAUGCCAACGCUGUCCUUCAGGCUCUAUCUAAUGUUCCUCCUCUCCGGAACUACUUUCUGGAAGAAGACAAUUAUAAGAACAUCAAACGUCCUCCAGGGGAUAUCAUGUUCUUGUUGGUCCAGCGUUUUGGAGAGCUGAUGAGAAAGCUCUGGAACCCUCGAAAUUUCAAGGCACAUGUGUCUCCCCAUGAGAUGCUUCAGGCGGUUGUUCUUUGCAGUAAGAAGACUUUUCAGAUCACCAAACAAGGGGAUGGAGUUGACUUUCUGUCUUGGUUUCUGAAUGCUCUGCACUCAGCUCUGGGGGGCACAAAGAAGAAAAAGAAGACUAUUGUGACUGAUGUUUUCCAGGGGUCCAUGAGGAUCUUCACUAAAAAACUUCCCCAUCCUGAUCUGCCAGCAGAAGAAAAAGAGCAGUUGCUCCAUAAUGACGAGUACCAGGAGACGAUGGUGGAGUCCACUUUUAUGUACCUGACGCUGGACCUUCCUACUGCCCCCCUCUACAAGGACGAGAAGGAGCAGCUCAUCAUUCCCCAAGUGCCACUCUUCAACAUCCUGGCCAAGUUCAAUGGCAUCACUGAGAAGGAAUAUAAGACUUACAAGGAAAACUUUCUGAAGCGCUUCCAGCUCACCAAGUUGCCUCCAUAUCUAAUCUUUUGUAUCAAGAGAUUCACUAAGAACAACUUCUUUGUUGAGAAGAAUCCAACUAUUGUCAAUUUCCCUAUUACAAAUGUGGAUCUGAGAGAAUACUUGUCUGAAGAAGUACAAGCAGUACACAAGAAUACCACCUAUGACCUCAUUGCCAACAUCGUGCAUGAUGGCAAGCCCUCUGAGGGCUCCUACCGGAUCCACGUGCUUCAUCAUGGGACAGGCAAAUGGUAUGAAUUACAAGACCUCCAGGUGACUGACAUCCUUCCCCAGAUGAUCACACUGUCAGAGGCUUACAUUCAGAUUUGGAAGAGGCGAGAUAAUGAUGAAACCAACCAGCAAGGGGCUUGAAGGAGGCAUCUAGGGCUUUGCUCCCAAGGGCUGUGGCUGAUGAUGGGUUUUGGUGUUCUCACGACCUAACCUCAUCCCAGUGAGUAGAGUCUGGGAGGGGAGAGCAGCAGCUGGAGGGCAGGCUGGGAGCGCUUGUGAGGGAGAGGAGCUGUGGACGUCUGCUUUUCUGCCAAGGGAGAGAGUGAGGAUGAGGGGCUGGUGUGGAUCAACAGUCCUGAGGGGGAAGCAGGAAUCCCAGAAGAUGGAGGGUCAGGCUGGGGAAUGCAGUUCUGGAAGCUGAGAGCAGAGUGCCCAGUCCUUUCACAUCAGACUGACUUCAUCCUUCUGUCCAUUCAAUCAUCCAUCCAUCCACUUAUCCAUCCAUCUAUCUAAAGGGGCACAAGGACACUUUUAGGGCUGAUGGAUGUGUUCACUGUCUUGACUGCUAUGAUGGUUUUACAGGUGUGUACAUGUGUUAGAACUGGUAAAGUGGUACACUUUAAAUGUGUGCAUGUGAGUGUACCUUAAUUAUAUCUCAAUAAAGCUGGAAAAAAGGAAGGUAAAUAACAGUAGGUCAAAACUGAUAACACCCCACAUAUCCAUGGACAAGACAAUGGAUAAGCUGUGGAAUAUCCAUACAAUGGAAUACUGCUCAGCAGUAGAAAGGAACAAAUUGCUCAAAUAUAUGACAACAUGGACCAUCUCACACAUGAAUGCUGAUCAAAAGACGUCAGACGCAACAAUCAUUCUGUACGGUUCCAUUUAUAUACACUUCAAAAACAGAGAAAACAGGCCUGGCAUGGUGGCUCAUGCCUAUAAUUCUAGCACUGGGAGGCCGAGGCAGGUGGAUCACCCGAGGUCAGGAGUUCAAGGCCAGCCUGACCAACAUGGUGAAACUCUGUCUCUACUAAAAAUACAAAAAUUAGCUGGGUGUGGUGGCGCAUGCCUGUAAUCCCAGCUACUCAGGAGGCUGAGGCAAGAGAAUUGCUUGAACCUGGGAGGCAGACGUUGCAGUGAGCCGAGAUCGCGCCAUUGCACUCCAGCCUGGGCAACAAGAGCGAAACUCCAGCUCAAAACAAACAAACAAACCAGAGAAAACAGAGCUAUGGUGUUUAUGAGUAUGUGCUCAGGUGGUAAAACUAUAAAGAAAAACAAGAACACAAUGAUCAUUAAGUCCUCCCUAGGGAAGGAGGAAGGGGUGGUCUCUGGGAGGGAAGAUGAUGGGGCUUCUGGGGAGCUGGCAGAGUUCAUGACCCGGGUGGUUACGUGGAUGUGUGCUUGAUAAUAAACCGUUGAGCUGUACAUUU